AAUUAUGAUAUCUUGGCCAAAUGACGGAAAAAGGUGAAGACUACUCUGUUACUCGAUGCAUCUGAUAAUCGUCUCUUUCAAAUAAAUAUACUCUAAAAAUUAAAAGAAAAAUAAAAAGGAAAAAGAAAACGAAAAGACUUUUUUGAUUAGGGGGAAAAAAAAUAAAAAUCAAACAGAUCCGGAGUUGGAUUCACUUUCCCGUAGACACCGAAACGAUAGCUUGUCACUCAUCUUCUCAGAUUACUUGUAGCACUUCAGUUUGUGCCUGGUUUACAGGAGAAGGUACUUAUUCUGUCUAUGGAAACUGAGGAUAUGAUUAGCCUCCCAGAUUCUACCAAUUCUGGAGAUGGCAUUGAGAACAAUGAACUUGAUCAGCCUGAAUCUGGGCCAGGUGAAGCAGAAUCUCAACCUAGUAAUUACGAGGCUGAAGAAGGCAUGAUAGAUGGGCACAAUAUGGGGCUCAAUGAAGUUGAUAUUGGAAAUAAAACAGAAACAAGCGAUCCAGAGAAGUUGGAGCUCAAUCAAAAUGAUUUUGGGGCUGAAGAAUGUACAAAAGGAUCAAAAGAUUCGGAGUUAAAUGAAGAAAAUGUUAAAACUGAAGAAUGUUCAGCAGUGCAGGAAAAUUUGGGAGAGAAUUUAGUUGAUGCUGUAACAGAAGAAGAUACAAUAGAUCGGGAUUAUUUGUUUCUCAAUCAAGGUGUUGUUAGAGAAGAAGGCGCCCAGUGUCUGGUGGAAACAGAUGUUGACAUGGAUUUGGUUGAUUCCCCUGUCAUGCAAGUGAAUAUUGAAGUCGCUGAGGCUGUUGCAGUUUCUGGAAACUUGAGUAGCUUUGGCUUUAGAUUGAAUGCUCAGAAUAGUUGCCUUGAUACCCAAAAUGAGAGUCUUAUCCAAAACCACAUGAUGAAGGGUGGUCAUGUAUCAGGUGUUAAGAGAGCAAGGAUUGCAUAUAAUGAACAACAACCUUCCGUGCAUGUCACUUACAAUUCAUUAACAAGAGCUAGCAAACGUAAGUUGGAGGAACUGUUACAGCAGUGGUCAGAGUGGCAUGUACAACGUGGUUCAUCAUCUCAAGACUUGAAUGAAGUGCUAGAGUCCGGUGAAGAAACAUACUUUCCUGCUCUAUGUGUUGGCACUGAAAAAUCCUCUGCAGUGUCUUUCUGGAUAGAGAACCAAACAAAGAAACAGCUGAAUAAUGAUUUAAUUUCUUCGGAUAGUGACUCUGUGCCUCUUUAUGAUCGUGGCUUUGCAAUAGGUUUGACUUCAACAGAUGGCCCAAGUAAUGUUGAAGGAGGCCUGGAAAUAGUGAACGAGGCUGCUCGCUGUUUCAACUGUGGAUCUUACAGCCAUGCUCUAAAGGAGUGCCCUAAGCCUCGUAAUAAUGCUGCUGUUAAUAAUGCUCGAAAGCAGCAUAAGUCGAAAAGGAAUCAAAAUGCUGGCUCGCGCAAUGGAACUCGUUAUUAUCAGAGUUCCUCUGGCGGAAAAUACGAAGGAUUAAAGCCAGGUUCUCUCGAUGCUGAGACAAGAAGACUUUUGGGUCUUGGGGAGCUUGAUCCACCUCCUUGGCUUAACAGAAUGCGGGAACUAGGAUAUCCCCCAGGAUAUCUAGACCCAGAUGAUGAGGAUCAACCUUCAGGCAUCAUAAUAUUCGCUGAUGGAGAUAUCAAGGAUGAACAGGAGGAUGGAGAAAUCAUUGAAACAGAAAAUCCUGAUCCACCAAGGAAAAUGGCGGUUGAAUUCCCAGGAAUAAAUGCACCAAUCCCUGAAAAUGCUGAUGAAAGACUUUGGGAAACUGGGCCUUCAAGUUAUAAUUCAUUUAGGAAUCGACCGUUCCGUAAAUCAGACCAUUCUUCAGAAACUAUUAGCAGAUGGCAUCACCACGAACAAAGAGGCUCUAGGGAUUCCAUUGAUGAGGGGCCUCCUGGUGUUGACCCAGUCUUCAGUCCAUCUAGUUUCCCCCCAAGAUAUGGUAAUUAUGAUUCCAGUUACAGUUCUGACAGCCUUAGAGGUUCAACAGCAUCCCUUCCGAGAUCACGUUCUGAAAAAGGAAGGAGGAGCCCUGUGGUAUAUGAAGAUUUUGCUAGUCAUAGUUCAUCACCAUUCUCGUCUUUAAACAAACGAUCUUCACCCAAGGAUAAUGACUCGGAUAGAUUGGAGAGUGAGACUGAUGAGAGGUGGAAUUACUCUCGACUGGAUUAUUCAUACCGAAGCAUUGAUGAGCAUGACCGCUACGAAUAUGAUCGCCACCGCCAUCGUAGUAGGAGGUGAGUCACAGUAUAUAAUGUUGUAACAUUAUGGCAUAGAUGUGAUUUAACUUUGUAAAAAAAAAGAAAAUUGAAAAACAAGAUGAGGAAUUUGUUUUAGUUUUUCUCCCAACAGGAGUUGCAUAGUUCUUUCUUCAGCAACAGGGGAAAAGGGGUCAAAAGGCUGUUGUACAAAUAAUUAGAUGGGGUAUUUGGUAGUUGAUAUUUGUUUACUUUACAGCAAUGCGUUCCUAAGGCCUUAAAUUCUGUUGUAGGAUUCAUUCGGAAAUAGUUGUUGAUGCUACUGCUGCUAUUGCAAAUUGUGUUUUUGGGAAUUCUUUUUGUGCA